AUGGGAACUUGUUUUCCUUUAUGGAACAGUAAUUCUGUGUAUAAUGCAAAUGAAAAUGUUAGUGAAAAUAGCAUAAAUUAUAUGGCCGCUUAUUAUUCACAUGGUGCUGAUCCAGCAACAAAUAAUGGUCCAGUGUCAAGUGGUCAAGAAUGGAUCCCAUUGGGUUCAUGUUUAUGGUUAAAUACAACAGUCAGUGCUACGGUAGCAUGUUAUGCAACGUAUAGUUCUUCAACUGCGUACUCAACCGGCAGUCUAAUCAGUUAUCUAAAUAUAAACUAUGAAGCGUGUUAUUAUUCAUUAAAUCGUGAUCCAAGUGUUUACAACGGUAUCACGUGUAGCGGGCAAAACUGGAAAACACUAACAGCUUGUUAUUAA